GAAAAUCAAUUUAAAAUAUCAACGUGGGCUUUACGUUUUAAUGGAGCCCAUCCUAAUUUACAGCACGAUAAAAAAUGGAUUGCAAAAUUUAUUUUAGUCGUCAUUCUUACCACUGUGUUUUUUAUUUUUCUUAUUAAUUCAAUUGUUUGUCAUGAUAUUCGCGAUGGGAAAUAUACGGAAGCUAUCAAAAACGGCUGCCUAGCUACUGUAUAUUUGACUCUUUGUUUUAAAAACUAUGUCCUGCUCCGUAAUGGAAAUUCAAUGAAAAAAUAUAUUGAAAUUAUGGAUAAAGAUUAUGCCGCAGUUGAAAAUUACACAGAAGAAGAGAAGCAAAUAAUUCAACUAUAUUCAAAAAAGGGAAGGAAUGUUUGUUUUUAUUGGUUAGUUGCAGCAUGUACUACCGGUGCUAUGUUUCCUUUAAAAGCUUUAUUUUUUAUGAUCUGUUCACUUAUUCGUGGUGAAUUUAAAAUAGUGCCAAUGUAUGAUAUGGCUUAUCCAUCCCCGAUAGAAACUCACAAAGAAAAUCUCUAUAUGUAUUUAUUUUUAUUUUUAUAUUGUUUAAUAUUUGAUAUGUACGCAACAUCUGUGUAUGUGGGAUUCGAUCCCUUGGCUUCAAUAUUUCUAUUGCACGUUUGUGGUCAAAUUGAAAUAUUGAGUUUGCGAAUGAAGAACGUAAUGGUGGAAGUUACAGAUCAUAAUGUGAUCUGUGGAAAAUUAAAAGAGAUCAACCAAAGACUACAAGCAAUAUACAUUUUCCAUAAUUCUGUUCAAUCAAACUUUCGGGAAUUAUUUGAAUUCAAUAUGAAAACAACAGUAUUUUUAUUACCAUUCUCUGCUUUUCAAAUCUUACAAUCACUGAAAAAUUUGGAGCUCAAUAUAGAAUUCACAUGUUUCUUUGGGUCAUAUAUAAUUCUCUUUUUGAUUCCGUGCUACUAUAGUAACCUACUGAUGGAUAAGAGUAACGAAUGGCGAGAAGCAAUUUACUCGUGCGGUUGGGAGAAUCAGCCGAAUAUUCAAAUAAGGAGGACCGUCUUGUUUAUGUUGGCAAGAUGCGGCAUACCGCUUAGCAUGAGAACUAUAUUCCACCCAGUUAACCUCGCAACAUUUGCUGAGGUGUGUCGUCAAGCUUAUACCAUAUUCAAUAUUAUGAAUGCUGCGUGGUCAUAA